GGACAAGGCGUGGCCCUUGAGUGUGACGUCCCUGUACGGGCUAUUGCCGGAUUGUGAUGGCUGCGUGUCUUGAAACCCUGGGGGAGGACCCACUACGGAGCUUUGUCCGAGUUCUGGAGAAACGAGAUGGCACAGUGUUACGACUGCAGCAGUAUGGCUCUGGUGGUGUGGGUUGCGUUGUUUGGGAUGCCGCCAUUGUCCUUUCUAAAUACCUGGAGACGCCUGGAUUUUCCUGCGACGGGGUCCACGUGCUGAGCCGGCGGUCGGUGCUGGAGCUGGGCUCAGGCACUGGGGCUGUGGGCCUCAUGGCCGCUACCCUCGGGGCAGAUGUUGUAGUCACCGACCUGGAGGAAUUGCAAGACUUGUUGAAGAUGAAUAUUGAUAUGAACAAGCAUCUUGUCACUGGUUCUAUUCAAGCCAAGGUACUGAAAUGGGGGGAAGAAGCAGACUUUCCUUCUCUGCCAGACUACAUACUUAUGGCUGACUGCAUAUACUACGAAGAGUCUUUGGAACCAUUGUUGAAAACCCUAAAAGACCUCACUGGAUCUGAGACUUGUAUUAUAUGUUGCUAUGAACAACGAACAGUGGGGAAAAAUCCAGAAAUUGAGAAGAAAUAUUUUGAGCUCCUUCAGCUAGACUUUGAUUUUGAAAAAAUUCCUUUGGAAAAACAUGAUGAAAAGUAUCGAAGUGACGAUAUUCACAUUUUAUACAUCAGAAAGAAAAAAUCAAAAUUUCCAUCAUGAAAUCUUUAGCCUGCUUCCUCAAGUCUCUUAACAACCUGAGUAGGCUAAAGAUAAAAGCAGAACAUGUGAAUACAGCAUGGGAAGAUUGUGUUUGCAGAUUUUUCCGGCAUGUAUUUAGAGAACCAAUAUAUAGAUGACAACCACCACAGGCUGUAUGCAAUAUGGAAAAUGACUGCCUGCCUACCACCAGUGAGCCUAAAAUUCAGCUUAUUUACUUAGCUCAGCAUCAAGUUCUCCUUGAAAGAAACAUUAAAUACUAGUCACAAUAAGUAUUGUUAUUAAAAUCUGCCCCAAAUAAGCGCUGGACAGCAUGGUUGGUUUGUUGUAUUUUCAUGAAACUAAAAAUAAAUUCAUACCAAGUUAAGUAUUA